GUCACUCGAUUCAUUUUUCAUUUUAGCUCCGCCCUCGCAUCCAGUAUGAUCCCUACCAAGCGUGCUGCCCCGGCUUCGCCGUCGCCGGCAGACAAGCGUCCGUGCAAUGCCAGCGCUGUCCUCACGAACCCGUCGCUCGUCGGUGCCAUCACCGAUUAUGGCACCAACUGCCUCGCCUUGUGCCCGACACUCUACGACGUAUUCGAUCUCUCCAACGUUAAGAGCUGCUCGUUCGAAGAGGAUGAGGCAGCGUUCAACCGCCUCAGUGGCAAGCACGUCAUGAACGGCUACGUCGACCACGAAGAGGACCUCAGCAAAGACGAGCUCGUGGUGCGCGCCAAGGCCAGCGUCACAGACCCCAAGGCUCUCUACCGAGCGCUGGAAGUGCACCAGAAGCUCGCUGAAAUCGUCGCUCCCAUCGCGACGACGUACGAGUUGCCGGCCGGCGGCAUCCAGCAGUUCUCGCUCUUCGGCGAGCGCGCGAUGCUCUUUGCGCCGAGCUCCCGCGUCGACCCGACGUCCAACACGUGGGGCCGCGCCGAUUUGGUCAAGAUUUUCAACAACGAGGAAAUUGAGCUUCGCGACAACGGCUUUGGCGUGCCCCACGGCAUCGGAUGGCACUGGUACAACUUGUCCGAGGACGGUGCGUGUGCGUUUUGCGCGGCGGCGGGCACAGUCGAGGAGAAUGACGAACUCGAGAAAGACGGCGGCUACGGCGAAGCCGACAACGAGAUCCCGGACGUGUGGCACGCAUUUCUCGAAGCCCACGGGCUGCACGUCAACGCGUUUCGGUCGUGGCGCAACUACGCCUACGAAGCGCUGGUAGAGAACAGCGAGGCCCACCGCGCAUUCUGUAGCAACGUCAUGCAGCCGUUGCAGGCGCACCUCCGCGCGCACUCGAGUGACGUCAAGUUUGUCACGUGCGAUUACCGUGACGGCGGCGACCAAAUCGUGAGCUCGUCUUUCGUGGGCGGGCUGACCGCCGACGGGUACCUUGUUGGCGUCUUCUUCGGGUUCGAAGAUGUCUUGUAAAUGAACUCGAUGUGUCUUUUCGCCAGUAUAUCGUGCAGCUUGAUAUGGUAGUGUAAGCAUCAAUACUGCCAAAUUGCGGUGGCUGUACGCCCUGAC